GACGGACUUGGGCCUCGCGAACUCAACUACACCGGUAAAUCCGUUCCCCACCUCGUCGUCUGAGCAUGGACGACGACGACGACGAGGUCGCCGCCGGCGAGGCUGGACCUGCGCCGGCGGCGGCGGCGACGGGAGGCCACGCCGACCGCGUAUUCCGGGCCCUCGCGCUCGCCUCCCUCUACAUCCUCUUCCGGCGGUGGCGCGCCGGUGGGGCCGGCCUCGCGGAGCGGCCGUCGCCGGCCGAGAUCGCGGCGGCCGUGGCGCUGUGCGCCUCCGUGGCGUGGCUCUACGCGCUCCCCGCCUUCGGGAUCCGCCGGAGCAGCGAGAUCUCCACCCGGCGGUGGCACCAAGAUUAGUCGACAACUCGACAUGCCCUGGGGGCCUGAGAAAAAGAAAUGAAAUCUCUUGUUCUCUCGAUGCUUAUGCAUAUGGACUGCUAUGAGGUGACAAUGCUCCUACAUGUGAAAAUAGAAAAAAAAAGGUCGGUGGUGACCCACGAAAUAGUUUCUGUUAAUCUUUUGAAAUCCAAGAAAUGCCCUUCUCACUCUCUUAUCACUAUAUUCAUCAAAGAGGGUUUUGUAUUCCCUAUAUAAAAUUAUAUUACGCUGUAAAGUUUUUUCGAAAGCAUUGUGUUUGAAAAUAAUGCUUAGAUCUUUUUGUUGUAUCUAAUCCUAAACAUAGUUCAAUAAUUGGGUAAACAUCCAAAGCCUGAUGGGUACUGCUUUUGCAUGUUCAUGCUUAUGCCCUCAUGGAUAAUUACACAGAAUAUCAGGUCUAGGUGUCCGCCAUAAUUUCUAGGAAAAUUAUAACCUCCAAGUUAACCGGUGUGCAGUUCCUCAAAUUAGAUGGAACAGGCAGGAAGCUCCUGUGAUUCACCGUUAGAAGAAGAUAUCUGAUUUAGUUUAUAAGGAAAAUCGAACCCAACAUCCUUACAACAAUAUGAUUAACUAUAGAAAAACCCUAGCACUGACAAAAGCGAGCUAACAUGCGGACCGAGACACUCAACCUAAGAACAGUGGUCCAACAAGAGAAAACCACUAAAACGAAGCCUUUGAGAAGGACACGCCGACAAAACAAUGACAUUGCCUGAUUAAAACCAAUGUUCUAAAUAGUGGGCUAAGACAUUUAGCGGAUCAGCUCUCCAAUAGCUAAGAAAAUCUAUAGCAGGCUAUAUCAGCAGCUAAGCAAUAUAGCGGUUUUGGAAAAUACUAGGGAAAAAAAUUGAAAAAUUUGACAAAAUUUGGGCUAAAAAUGACACAUUACUGUCACAUGGUCAAUUGAACUCUACAUGAACAAUAUAGCACAUGACAUAUAUAUAUAAUAUUUGGCAUUUGCACAAUAUGAAUCAAAGAACAAAAAUCUUACUUACCAUCAGAGGAGUGGUGCUGCUCGUGGGAGAGGAGGGAUGGGGAAUGGCCGAACGGGAGAAGGAAUAGUGGCUUUAAUAGACAGUGGAGUAGAUAAUAAUAGUGCCGUCGCUGCUCGUCCCAGGCAGAGCCGCUGCCACUACUUGGGGAGAGGACUAGAGUAAGGACUGGGGAUGGGAUUGGUGGAUGCCGUCGCGCCAAUCCUCCUCCUCCACUGUCACGCACAACAGUCGCCGCCACCACCGCCGUUCACGAGAGAGAGAGAGAAAGGUUACAUUACAUGAGCACAGGAGGCGACAGGCGAUGGCGGCACGAAGGGCAGUCCGACCGGCCGAUCUACACCGGUCAGACUGGAGCAGUUAGGCUGGUCUGAUUGAUCUCCAUCGAUUUCGAGUGCGACAUUUAAUUUCGCUAUAAGUUUUUGGUUUUUGUUGAUCCUAUAAUUCACCUUUUCCCUCUAGUAGGCUUAGUUCUUUUGUUUGAUACUAUAGCGUUGUUAAGACGACAGCUCUGAGGCCUACAUCGCCACUGCUGCUAACAUCGUCACAUGGGUUCUGACUGCAAUAGCUCAACUCUCUCUUGUGAAAUGAGGACACCCAAAGGCCUCGUAAAAACUUAUCCCACGUGCACGUAAAACGGAGCGACUUAUUAGUGCAUGAUUAAUUAAGUAUUAGUUAAUUUUUUAAAAAAUGGAUUAAUAUGAUUUUUUAAAACAACUUUCCAAUAGAAAAGCUUUGUAAAAACCACAAUGUUUAGCAGUUUAAAAAUCGUACGUGUGAGAAACGAUGGUGAUGAGUUAGGAAAUAUGGCUGCUGAACACAGCCUAGUCUCUUUUACUCGUAGCCUCAUUUGCAGCACAACCGAGAGAUUAACAUCUGCAUUCUAUAUGGCAUAUAUUAAGGAUAAUUCUUCCCGUGUUAUUGUCGGAGAACAAUUAAAUCCGAAUUAUUUCUAUAUAUGUACUGACACUACUAGAAACAUUUUUUCUGAACAAGACCCCCCUUUAAAUUGUAGAUGGGUCGUAACUGGUCACAUCUACAAAAAUCGAGAACAUUUUUGCAUACAACCACUAAGAUACAUGAAAAAAAUGAUUUUCGCAGACGGAUCUCUUAACAUACCCGCAUGUAAAAUGGGUCUAUUUUAACAGGCAGGUCUCUUAAGGAUCCACUUAGAAGUUCGACUUGCCUCCUUUUCUCUCUCAACACUUCAAAAUCUUUAAAGUCAUCAUCCUUACCUUCUGUCCAUCUCUCUCACCCCCUCUCCUCGUUAUUUUGAACCUCCUCUGAGUUCUCUCCUCUCUCUCACCUCCUCUCCUCUUUUCUCUCUCACUGGCCAUCGGCAGGUGCGGUUGGCUUAGUGACCUCGAGCGGUCAGCUGCGGGCGGAUCUUCCUCCAUCGGUCCCACGACGGCUGGAUCUGCCACCGCCAGCAUUUGGGUGCAGAUAGGAGUUAGGGUUUUGAUUUUUAGGGAUUUUUAUAUUUUUGGAAUUUUAUUUUGGGUGACAUAAGCACACGCGUGCGAAAUCAAUGCUCAUGUGUGGUUCGCCACCCACAUGGUAAAAUAAUGAUUUUCGUAGACUCUUUUGAGCAGACGGGCUGCUCAAUCGCACGAAAAAUAGGAUUUGACCGUUUGGAAACAUGCUUUCUGUACUAAUGUGACUCCUACAAUUUGUUGCGGGAUAUUUGAAUGGUGUUAAAUGUUGUAUAAACAAUGGAUGGAUUUGGACUGAAAUAUUAUGGAAAUAAUUUAAGGAUGAC